AUUUGCAUUUCGCGGUUUCGUCAGGCAAGGAUUGUCCUCUUCAGCCACCGUAUGAUGUCGUGGCGUUUACUGAUGAGCACCAACUUGUAGCAGUUACCCUGUUACCGUUAAUUUGCUGUGAUUCCGAGCUCCUUUCAGUUUUCUUAAGCGUUACACAAAUCCCCGGACAGUGACACAUUCAACGGUUCAAGAUGAGGCGCAGCGGUUUGGGUGAAGGAGGCCCUGGGAAUUAUGUAGCAAGUGGAUACAGUGUUUACGAAGAGGAAAAUGAACAUCUACAGGAGGGGUUGAGAGCUAAAGUCAACGCUUUGAAAAGUCUGUCAAUUGACAUUGGAACGGAAGUCAAAUACCAGAAUAAAGUGCUGGAGGAUAUGGACUCAGACUUUGACUCGACAGGCGGCCUGCUUGGUGCCACCAUCGGCCGAGUCAAGCAGCUGUCCAGAGGCAGUCAGACCAAACUGCUGUGCUACAUGCUGCUCUUCUGCCUCUUUGUCUUCUUUGUCCUUUACUGGUUCAUCAAGCUGAGGUGAUAUGAGGACACUGUUGGACUUGGCAUCUUAACUCCACAUCUUCAUCCCCAAUCUGUGCCAUUCUGAUGCAUCAAAACAAAACCAAUAUAAUGCUGAUUGAUUUUUUUUUUUCUCAGCUUUACAUGACAACAUGUCUCUGAAAAUUAAGUUAUAAAAGGACUCCUACUGAUGCUAUCUUAAAGUGUAACAGUCUGAGAUGAUUAAUGACCAUGUGAAGUAUGAAUCAUAUGUAUAUCUGAAGUAGACACUGCCAGUAAAUGUGUGUACUUGAUAGCAGCCUAAUUUACCUGGAUGAGAAGAUGAUAAACUUUAUUGCAGUCGUGGGCACAUUUUAUGAUGAACUGACUGAUGAAAUUGCAAAUCAGUCGAUACAGUCCCAGUUGUGUUAAAAGUGACCUGUAGAAUGCAUCAUAAAGCAAACAAUCUACUAUUUGCUUUUAAGAAUGAAUGGGUAUAUUAACAGCAUUUGGCAUCCGUACAAACAUUAUUAUCAGUGUUCAUCAUUUCAUAAUUGUUGUAAAAAUAUUUUUAAUGUAAAUAAACAAAUUUUAUGUCUGAA